AUUCACGCCCCACUUCCUCAUCACGUGCGUUUUCUCUUUUGUUUCUCUCUCUACUCUCCAGCACAGCACUCUCUCUCUCUCUCUCUCUCUCACAGAUACUUUUCUUUUCAAUAUUUUUUCUUCAUCGUUUCCAAUUCAUUCACCCAUCCCCACUCUCAGAAAUAGAAAAAAAAAAAAAACUCCAGUUCCGUCCACAUCUCCAAAAAACCGGGCCAGAGACAAAACAAACAAAAAAAAAACCCGCACACCCACCAUAACUAUCAUGUAACCUCGCUCCAUUCAAUCACCAAAUGCACCCUUACAACCGUCUCCCGUCAAGUGGCCAUACAACACCUUCACCUCCCGCCUCACCCCGCCGUUCACCUCGUCUCCGUCACAUUCGCACCAAAACCGGCCGGUUCUCUCCGGCUCAACCGGCUCCUCGAACCUUCGCUCAACGACUCGCUUGGAUUUUUCUCUCCGUUCUCCUUCGUCGUCAAGGUGUUUUCCUUUUUGCACCUCUUAUUUAUAUCUCUGGUAUGAUCCUUUACUUCGGUACUUUCUCGUUCGAUAUUGUUCCUAUCAUUACGCAUCGUCCUGCUCCUGGCUCUGUUUAUCGUAGUCCUCAACUUUACGCUAGACUUCUACCGGAAAUGGAUGCUGAUAAUUCUUCUGUUGAUGCGAUAUCAACAAUAUGGAGGAGUUCACAUACAGGUGGUGAAUGGAAACCAUGUGUACACAGAUCUACAGAAGGCCUUCCUGAAUCAAAUGGAUACAUUUUUGUAGAGGCUAAUGGAGGCUUAAAUCAGCAAAGGAUAUCGAUAUGCAAUGCUGUUGCUGUGGCCGGUUAUCUUAAUGCUACUCUUGUGAUCCCAAAUUUCCAUUAUCAUAGCAUAUGGAAAGAUCCUAGCAAGUUCAGCGACAUUUUUGAUGAAGAAUAUUUUGUCAAUACCUUGAAAAAUGAUGUACGGGUGGUUGAAAAGAUUCCUGAGUACCUGAUGGAAAGAUUUGGCAGCAACAUGACAAAUGUUUUCAAUUUCAGGAUCAAGGCAUGGUCAUCCAUUCAGUAUUACGGAGAUGUGGUACUCCCAAAGUUACUUGAAGAACAGGUUAUAAGGAUUUCACCUUUUGCAAAUAGAUUGUCAUUUGAUGCUCCUCCUGCUGUCCAGCGUCUCAGAUGCUUAGCAAAUUACGAGGCUUUACGAUUUUCAAGUCCCAUAUUGAACCUGAGUGAGUCUUUGGUUGCAAGAAUGAGGAAGAAAAGCAUAAUGAAUGGCGGUAAAUAUGUCUCCAUACAUCUUCGUUUUGAAGAGGAUAUGGUUGCUUUCUCUUGUUGUGUUUUCGAUGGUGGGAAACAGGAGAGAGAUGACAUGGUUGCAGCAAGAGAAAGAGGUUGGAAAGGGAAAUUUACAAAACCUGGACGAGUUAUACGUCCUGGAGCAAUCAGGAUCAAUGGGAAGUGUCCCCUCACUCCAUUAGAGGUUGGCCUUAUGCUUAGGGGAAUGGGUUUUACAAAGAACACCUCCAUCUAUUUGGCAUCUGGAAAAAUAUAUGAUGCCGAGAAAACAAUGGCCCCUCUAAGGGAAAUGUUUCCAAAUUUGCAUACUAAGGAGACUUUAGCAUCUGAGGAGGAACUUUCCCCAUUUAAGAAUUAUUCUUCCAGGAUGGCUGCCAUAGAUUACACUGCUUGUCUUCAUAGUGAGGUGUUUGUCACAACUCAGGGUGGUAACUUCCCUCAUUUUCUACUGGGCCACCGGAGAUACUUGUAUGGUGGACACUCUAAGACAAUAAAGCCUGAUAAACGCAAGUUGGCAUUACUCUUCGAUAGUACCACUAUUGGAUGGAAAAGUCUCAAGCGUCAAUUGCAGAGCAUGAGGUCACACAGUGAUUCCAAGGCAGUUGAGCUCAAAAGGCCUAAUGACUCCAUAUAUAGCUUUCCAUGCCCAGAUUGCAUGUGCCAUACAAAUAGAACCAAUGAUUCUAAAUCUUCAUCAGCUACUUGAUCUACUAACAGAGUUUUAUGGGUGUUCCUAUUUACUUUGACUUUAAGAGUGUGCCUUGCCGCAUUUUUCUGACAUGACUAUUUCAUUUUUUCCCUUUUCCCAUAUGAUGAGAGGGCUCCAAACCCAAAAUUUGGAGGUUAACAAGAUUUUGUUGGAGGUCUAAUUAUUUCUUGUGACUGGAUUUCAAGGAAGUCACAUCUCUUUUAAACAUGAUGGAAGUUGAGAACAGAGUAAAAAUUGUGCAAUUGCAUGAUUUUUUCCCAGAACAUUGAUCGAGCUUUGCUUAAUAUAUUGAAUAUUGAAUUAGCAGCUGAUGUGUCUAACAAGCUUUGAAAAGACGAACUAACAUUCCAUCAUACCCUGCCUGUACAUUACCUGAAGAUUGUUCUCUGUGGGUUAAGGUUUAAGGCUGUAGCAACAAAUUGUUUGUGUGCAUUAACAAAUUCAACUUCUGCAUUGAGGCUAUGUAUUUUAUUUUUUAUUUUCCCUCGUAUUGAGGGGCCUAUUGUUAUUCUUUUACAUUGGUACUCCAUUGUUUUAGUGAUGAUACCAAUGAAUGUAAUUAGUUUACCAUGGAUGACAUAACAAUUGCAAAGGAUCUGGACAGAUAUUUUCUUAGGAUUUUCAAGUUGAAUUGUGAUUGUUGGAAAUACAUACAGACAGUAUGUUAACAUCUA